AUGGUCAGCCACAUCGAUCUAGCUGACUACAUCUUUAGAAGACUCCAUCAGAUUGGCGUUCGGGCCGUCCAUGGUGUCCCAGGAGACUACAAUCUAAGCGCGCUCGACUAUAUCGAACCAGCCGGCCUUGACUGGGUCGGAAAUGCCAACGAGCUGAAUGCCGGAUACGCAGCGGACGGAUAUGCCAGGAUCAAGGGCGUAUCAGCCCUAAUGACUGCCUUUGGCGUGGGCGAGCUUUCCACGAUUAACGCCAUUGCUGGAGCCUACGCGGAAAGGGCAGCGGUGGUCCAUAUCGUGGGUACGGCACCCACGCACGCCCAGCAACAGCAUCUAUGCUUGCAUCAUUCCCUCGGAGAUGGUGACUUCCGCGUCUUCGCGGACAUGUCGGUCAAGAUCACAGUGGCUCAAGCCAACUUGACCGACCCCAGUACAGCACCUGCCGAGAUCGACAGGUGUCUGCGAGAAUGUAUCCUGCAGCGUCGACCAGUGUACAUCGAACUACCCACCAACAUGGUGAAGGCGAGAGUGUCGGCCGCGGGUCUGGAGAAGCCCAUCGACCUUUCACUACCGCCCAACGACGAGGAAGUGGAAAAUGCCGUGGCCGACCUGAUCCUCAAGACAGUCUACGCCUCGAAACAGCCCUUCAUCAUCGUAGACGGCUUCACGUCGCGAUAUGGGAUCAGCGAAGAAGCCGACGAACUGGUCCGGGUGACAGGGUUCCCGACAUCGACCACCCCAUUCGGCAAAGGCAUCAUCAACGAAACAUAUCCCAACUUCCACGGAAUCUAUGCAGGCACGGCCGGCAAGCAGAUCUACAUGCCGUGGGCACGCGGCUGCGACGUGGUGAUCCGACUCGGCCCGUUACCCAGCGACGUGAACACAUUCGGCUUCAGCACGACGCCGGACCCCAAGUCGACGAUCAUAUUCGACGGCGAGAGCGUGGAGAUCAAAGGCACCCGACACGAGAAGAUACACGUCAAACCGCUUCUCCGCAAGAUCUUGUCCCGACUGGAUCAAGCCAAACUGCCCCGGUACGAUCCGUACCCGGACCUGGGCGACCUACGAGCACAGCUGGCAGCGCUCCCUCCCACGGGCCAAGACGACCCGAUCGACCAAGCGACCUUCUGGCAACGGAUUUCGACCUUCUUCCACACCGGCGACAUCGUGCUGACCGAGACGGGCACGCCCUCCGUCGGAGGUCGAGACUUCGUGCUCCCGCCGCACACGACGCUGGUCAAUUCCUCCAUCUGGCUGUCGAUCGGAUACAUGCUGGGCGCGUGUGCGGGGGCGGCGCUGGCGCAGCGCGAGAUGAUCGCCGAGGGCACGCGGCCUGCGCAGGGCCGGACCAUCCUCUUCGAAGGCGACGGCAGCCUGCAGAUGACGGCGCAGGUCUUCUCCGACAUGAUCCGCAACCGCCUGGACGUCGUCAUCUUCGUCAUCAACAACGACGGCUACACCAUCGAGAGAUGGAUCCAUGGCAUGCGCGCCGCAUACAACGACAUCCAACCCUGGAGGUAUCUCGAGGCCCCUACUUACUUUGGCGCCCCGGAAGACGACCCUGAAUACCCCGUCUUCACCAAACGAGCUGGCACUUGGGGCGAUUUGAAUGACGUCCUUGCAAACCCGCAGUUGAGGCGUGGCAAGGGCCUCAAUAUCGUCGAGGUCGUCAUGACCCGCGAAGAUGCUCCGGAUGCCUUGAAGAAGUUGGUCGAGAGCACGUCGCGCAGGAAUAGUGGUGACUUGGAGCCGCCGAGGGCCAUCACUCAUGAAGAAAAAGUCAUGAAAGUGGCCGGAUGA